GCUGAACAGGUAUACCAAAGGGUUUGGUUGGUUCGACAUAGAGCAAAAUGAACGCGAACAGCACCAGCUGAAAAUGCAACAUAUGUUGGUAUCAAUCGAACAGAGUCUACCAGACUAUUGAGUUUGAAAACAACCUAGAAAAACCUGUUAGUACAGGAAAAGUCAUUAGUUUGAGGUAUUCUACAUCUCUUUUUUUUAUCUCCUGCUACAGAGAUGUCAACACACAGCAUCCUCACUUCACUACCAGAGGAACAUUUCCGCUGUUUGCUCUGUCUGGACCUCUUCACCGAACCAGUCACCACACCAUGCGGUCAUAACUUCUGCAGGACCUGCCUCAGCCAACAAUGGAGCGACGGCGACUGUUACCAGUGUCCAAAGUGUAACAAAAGAUUCCCCGUGAAGCCAGAGUUCUCCACAAAUGAAGUCAUGGAGGAAAUGUCGGUCCAAUUAAAGAGACGGAAAAUCGAGGCACUCGAAAGCGAAAACGCACCGUGGCAGGUCAAGUGCGACGUGUGUGCGGAUUUGAGGCUCAAGGCGUCCAAGUCGUGCCUGGUGUGUCUGGCGUCGUACUGCGACGGACACCUGGAGCCUCACCGGAGGGUUCCCGCCCUGAUGAGACACAAGCUGGUGGAGCCGCUGGAGAACCUGGAGGAGAGGGUUUGUGAGAAGCACACCAGGAUCCUGGAGUUUUUCUGCAGAAGGGAACAAGCGUUUGUCUGUCUGCUGUGCUGCGAAGCAGAACACAGAGACCACGAGACGGUACCUGUUGAAGAGGAGGGGGCUCUGCAGAAAGUAACCAUUGAUUCCCAACAAACAAAAAUCAAACUCAUGAUUGAUGAAAGAAUGGAAAAGAUAGAGGAAUUUCAAAAAACCUCAGAAAUGAGCAAAGUAAAAGCAGACAACAUAAUUGAAGGCGGUGAGAAGCUGUUCAGUAAUCUGAUGAGCAGGGUGAAAGAGAUUCAAAGCACACUGCUAUCAAACAUUGAGAAAGAAUUGAGAAAAUCCAAGGAAAAUGUCCAGGUGAUGAUUCAGGAGCUGGAAGAGGAGGUUGCAGCUCUGCAGAUGAAACACUCUCAACUAGAGGAACUUUCACAAAAUGAAGACAACCUUAGACUUCUACAGACAUUGCAGACUCUGAACACCAUGUCGAAAACCAAGGACUGGUCCAAGACCAAGGUUUACCCAGAUCUGCAUGUUCACACAACGAGGACAGCCGUGGAAUAUCUUGUCAAUGGUUUUCAAAUAACACUAAGGACACUGACAAACAUCGAAUUGACCAAAAUGAGAGAAUACAAAGAAUCAGUGACCUUUGAUGAAUCCACUGCUGGGGCUGGCCUUGUAAUAACGGAUUCUGGGAAACGUCUCAAGUACUCAAAAACCGCAAGGCCACCAACACCGUCUUCCAAAUCACAAAGGUUUUGUCUACCCAUGGUUUUUGGUACGAAUGGCUUCAUCUCCGGUCGGCACUACUGGGAGGUUGAAGUGGGCCUGAGAAACGACUGGGAUAUCGGUGUAGCCCUGGAAACGGUUGAUAGAUCACAAAGUACUGUGAACAAAGACAGGGGAUUCUAUUUUUUAGGAAAGUCUGGUUUUGAUUAUGAAGUUCGCGAUACAGCCUGUGAAGUUCUCCACCUCAGUCCCAGGCCAAGGCAUGUGGGAGUGUAUUUAGACUACGAGGCAGGUAGAGUGUCAUUCUUUGACGUGACCCAGAAGUUGCAUAUUUAUUCUUUCCUACAGGAGCAUUUCACAGGGAAACUUUUCCCAUAUUUCUAUCUGUACAGCGGCACAAAGAGGUCAGAGCCUUUGCUCCUACUUUCCAUCCUUGAUCCAGAACACUACCUUCGUCUCAUUCGCUCUCUUGACCAAGCUAAAAAACCAGCUGAAUAGAAUCGAUUGUAAGGUCAAACUCCAACUAGAUCCAUGAAAUCCAGAUGUCCUACAGAGUAAAAUGACCACUGGUAAAUACUGAAAGAUUUUUACCUACAACCGUUCUCACUGUUUGGUUUCAGGGAAGGCAUGUUAAUGUAAAGUGUUGUAUAACUGGGGAUUAGGUCAUUUCGUAUCAAACACGUUUGUAACUUCCUUGACAGUAAAUAUGUAAUGAAACAAAAGGUUUUUCUAGGCCUAAGUAAUGGUUGGUGGGAAUUUUGGGGGGCGGGGGUUUAUCUGAAGCAAAAAUCAACUUUGUACCAAUGAUCCUGCUACUUUGGAAUGUGUUUGCCAAUUUACAUUAUAAAGAGUAAACUAGAUUUUUCUCUUGAAUGUCUAUAGCAUUAAGCAUUCUUUGUAACAGUAUUCUUUUAGCCUUUCAUGUUUUGGGUUCUGGUCAGUUUUGUUUGUUUCGUAUCCAAAUUUUUUUUUUAGGUCUGGUACAAGAUUUUUCAUGAAAGAUUUCAGACAGACUUGGAUUGAUUCGCUAUGGC